UGACUGACUGACUGGCUGACUGACUGAUUGAUGUUCCCAUUGUGUUUCAGGCCUGUGCUGAACCGUUUGAAGAAGCUGUUGCAGGAUCAACAUAAAACCAACGUCUGUCUUGCCAUUAAAAGACAUGCUGUCCCUAAAGUCAACUCCAUGUUGGCGAACGUCACCAUGGUGAUGAGUUUGAAUAAAGACCUCGGUAUCAACCUGGACUUCUCUCUGAGCGGAGACGUCGCCGUGACGACCAACAGCCUCGACGUCCCUUUCACAGGUCUGGUGUACCACGGAGACACCAGGCCUGCUGUACCAGCAGCCGCCGUGGAGCCGGUGUUCACAGACAGCACCCGAAUGGUUUACGUUGGCGUCUCCGAGGACCUGUUUAAGAGCGCCGCCCAGGCCCUCUACAGCCACGGGCCUUUACAGCUGGACCUUCCACAGAUUGGUAUUCUACCAGAUUAUGUUCUACGGACGUGGGGAUUACCUGAGGGUCCGGUUAAAGUGGUCCUGACAGAGGCACCAGACGUCUCCAUCAGUCCGGACGGAGUCACAGUCCACGUGAAUGUCAUCACCCAGUCCUUAGUCAACCCAGAUCUCCCUCCUCUUCCUUUAACCUGCCAGGUGUGUAUCCAGGUGGAUCUGGACGGAUCCCGUCUCGUUCUCCAGUCUCUAAGACCUGAGUGUACAGUUGAACCUAAGACGCUGUGGGGAAGAUUCCUGGCAACAUUUGUCACAUCAUCAAGGAUUUCAUCAUUCAUUGAAGAAUUGUCAGCUGAUGGUUUCCUGCUUCCUCUUCCUGAUCGUCUGGAUCUCUCUCAGACAAAGAUCAACUAUUACCCUGGCUUCCUGGUAGUGGGGGGGGACCUGGUAUACCCCGUCCAGAGGUCUGUCCUGAGGGCCGCGCGUCUGUCUCCCACCAGCUCCAGAAACCCAUCCUCCAGCAAGAAGUUCCAGUCCGUUGUAUUCCUCGUCAUCAUGGUUCUAUUCAUCUGCUUAUGUAAACGCUGUUGCUAGGGCAACGAGAGGAGCCCCCCCCCCUGGCCCCUCCAACCCCUUGACCCCCCCCAUGCAGGAACAGUCCUCAGGAUUUGUGUA